AUGCUUAUCAUAUCCGGAGGGGUGAUAGUUUACUACAGUACCACCUGUGCCUGGGCCGUGUUCUACAUGAUCUACUCCUGUAGAACAGUUCUUCCCUGGACCAGCUGCGACAACACCUGGAACACUGAGAAUUGUGUUGAAAACAUGAAGUUAAUGACAACAAGUAGCUCCGCCGUUCCAAACGAAACUCAAGUCAACAAAUCAUUGGCAGUCACCACAAAUCUUACUGACAGCGGUGGGGAGAAUGAAACGUUAUUCCACACUGCAGCUGAAGAGUUCUGGCAAUACAAGGUCCUCAGCAUCAGCUCAGGACUGGAACAUCUGGGAGGCAUCAAGUGGGAACUCGCUCUGUGUCUCCUUGUCACCUGGAUUUUAAUAUUCAGCAGUCUGGUGAAAGGUAUCAAAUCAAUUGGAAAGGUUGUGUACGUGACGGCGACAAUGCCAUAUGUGUUUCUCUUCAUCCUGCUUGUCCGUGGACUGACUCUACCUGGCGGACCACAAGGUGUUCUGUUCUUCAUCACUCCUGAUUUCAACAAAUUAACGGACGUGCAGAUUCUCAUGAUCAUGCAUCGUUCAUGUGAUGUGGCAUGA